GUGAAUAAUUGAGUUCCUUUUGUGAUUUGUCGAAGAGUAGAUGUACAAUAUUUAUUUGAAGAAAAAAAAAAAAAAAUAAAAAUUCAUUAUUAAUAAAAUACAACAAAUAAUUGUGUGCUCAUAAUAAUUAAAAACGCCGCUAAGAUAUAAACAAAAAAAAUACGGAACCAAGUAAACCUUGUAUAAAAUUUUUAUCCACACUGAAUAUUUAAAUAAAGGAUUAAGUAAAACAUGAGAACUUCUACUGUUGGCCGUUAUGCUUUGCGUUUGACUUUUGGACAGAUUUGACUGAACUUAUGCGAGCUUGUGAUCGAAAGAUUUUACAAAUAUGGAUACCGAAAUAACUUUAAAAGCCGGUGAUGUUUGUCUGGAUUGUCAGCAGCAACUGGGUAUUGAGAAACGUUUGCGUUAUUUUAAAAUUAAUCUAAAUGGUGAUACUCUAUUGAAAUGUGAAAGUAAUGAAUGUAUGUAUCCCUACAAUGAUGAAAUGUACUCUACGGAUGAAGAACAUGAGGAAGAAAAUGAUCAAAGUCUUAAAUUUUUAGACGAUUUUAUACAACAAUAUAAUAAUGAAACGGCGGCACAAGAUAGUCGCAACGAUAUGCCUAAUAGUAGUGAAAAUGUUACAACACAUUUCGAUAUAAGUUUUUUGGAUAAUUUUAAUGAAAAUCUUUGUAAAACGGAAAUUUCCCAAGAUAGCAAUGAAUUUUUGGAUAGUAAAACUAAUAUAGAAAUUAUAAAAAAUGAAUUUAUAACAUUACCACAAAACUCUAAGGAAAUUCAAAGCGCCGUUAAAGAUAAAAUAUUUGAAAAUAGUUUAGAAUCUUUACCCAUAUUUAUAUCAUUAGUUGGUGAUACAAAAUCUUCUGUUAUUGAAGAAAAUAGCAAUCAAUUAUCAUCAUUUAUAAGUUGCAAAGAUUACAAACCAAAAAUUGAUAUACAAUCAAUAGAAACUAUUGAUAUAGAAUCACCUUUAUAUAAUAUAUUACCUACAUCAUCGAAAAAACUUACCGAAAUUUCAUCAGUAAGUUCUAAUGAACCUUCACAAUUAACCAAAUCUUUAAAAUAUUCAAACUCAAACCUACCAACUUCUGUAACAUGUACAGAAAUUCCAUCAACAAGUUCCAGUGCAAAAACUGUAACAUCAAAAUUAUCUUCAUGUUCUUUGGAAAAACCAAAAUCACUAGAACUUUCACAUUCAAAUAAAACAACAAGUACCACAGCAUCCAAAUUAUCUUCAACUUCUUCUCAAGCUCCCAAAUCUCAAGAACUUUUAACAACUUUAAAUUCUCCCCAAUCUUCAGACAUUUCCUUAAAAUCAAUCACUCCAGCAGUAGCUCAAAAAUCUACUGAAGAAAAUCUCACAACUUUAUCAGUUAAUAGUAUACCAAAAGCUAAUAUUAUGAAAGGAAGAGAUAUUCUCAAGAAAUUAGCUAUUGUUGAUGAGAAAAUGUCUAAACAGAAUUUUAAAAGUAUAAGAAAAAAGAAGAAAAUUGCCAAUAAAGAAGAAAUUAAAAAUGAAGAAAAACCUUUGCCUUCCUUUAGUGGUGAUAUGGACUAUAGUUUAGAAAAGAUUUCGCAAAUGUUAUCGGCGAAUCGUAUGAAGAGACAAAAUAAUAAUUAGUAAUAAGAAAAUUAUAUUGUAAAUAUAAAAAUUGAAUGUAAAUAAUACAAUUAAAGAUAAUAGUAUAAGAACUAGUAGUUUGUAUUAUUUUUUUUAUUGAUUAUUUAAUUAAAUAAACAGAAAGUUUUUUAUAAGGAAA